AUGUCUUCUCAUCGUCGAAGGAAUCCUCACAGGACCUGUCGCCCCAUUUCGCAAGUUCUUCUAGAACUUAACAAACCUGUUUCAGAAUCACGUGGACAGAGAACAACCAAGAAGGAGAAACCUCAAGCUGCAAACCAAAAUGCUCUUCCUGACUUAUCAGCUUGUUUACAGAAGUCAACACAUCAACUAACGGACCGUACACCAUCUAGACGGGUUAGACAUCAGAAGCCCGUGGCAGCAGGGAGGCCAAGAGAUCGCAAGAAAAAGAACGUGGAGGAACAGCCAAUUGCCUCUCCACCAGUGAAACGCGGCAGGAAGAGUGCAGCAUCUCGUCUAGAAUCUCCUCAGGAAGAGCCAUCCAUUGAGACGCCGCCUCCAAAUAAAGCUCACUUUGAAACCCAGGUGUCAGAGCCACAGGAGUCAGGAAGAGGAGACCGAUCCAAGGCUGCACGCAACCGCGCCAACAAGCAGUUGGUUGACUUCAUCAUCAGACGAAAAGUCGAAAGCCGCUUAUUGGCAGUCAUCAGCGGUCGCGAGUCCUCUAAAUGGAUGCAAGCCCUCCAGAAGCCUUCUCGCCCAGUGGUUGAUGUCUACCUGGAAGAUGAGGAGCAGGUUGAUAAGGUGUACCGCUACCUGAACAAAGUCUGUGAUAGCGCCCCUCAAAUAAACACCUGCCUAGAAAACAUCCAAGCUGACCGGAUCCGCCUUAUUCUUGAUGUGCUUCUGCCUGAGGCCAUUAUCUAUGCCAUUGCUGGAGUCCACAAGCUUUCCCUGGAGAAGGCAGAGGAGCAGUAUCGCAGAGGGCCGUGCUUUAGUAACAGAGAAAGACAGGAAUUUGACAUGAUGAUUGAACAGCAGAUGAAGCUCAAGGAAAUCACCCGGCAUCAUAGGCAGUGACGGCCCCUCUAUUUUAAACAUACAUUAAGUUUUAUGAAUAGGAAUAUUUUCUUUCUAAUCAUAGUAUAAAAGAAAAUUAGUUGAAUUGAAUGAUUUUUCAUGGCAAAAAAAAAAGUUUUGUAAAUAACUUAACCUGAUGUUAAAUGUUUAUUAUCAAAUCUCAGACUUUAUGAGCUGAAUGGUAUAUCUCUGACAUCUUGAUGCUUGAAGUCAGCAAAAUCUGGUGCUUUUAAUGUGUGCAGUGUAUAAUAAGUAAAUGCCUUGUGCUAAUACAUAAAUACAACAUU